AGUCUCUGUCUCUGCAUUUGCCAGACUUUUAAGAGCCUAGUUGUUGGUCCAUGACUGGAAUUUUCUGAGCACAGCUUAAUCCUUUUAAUUUAUUCAUAUGUUCAUUUAUUUUUUGCUAAGCCUGAAAGCAAAGAGUGUGUUUUGGGAAGUUCAGAAUACAGUUAACUCCCCUUACCAAAUGACCAGCAAUCUGGAUUGCGAACUUCUCAGCAAUUAGCUCAGUAAUGCAGAGAAUUUCCAAAAGACAAAAUGCAACCUUCCAUUACCACACCCAGUGUUGCUGCAAUUGCCUGCUGCAGAAACACACUGUAAUUUGCUGGUGUUACUGCAUGUAACGAGGUUCUGGUCGCUCACAUGCACAUCCCACCUUUCUGGGAGAAAUGGGAUGCUGUUUUUGUGUUGGGAGCAUGCAAAAUUAUUAUGCUGUCAUCUCAAGAGCUCCUUGCAUGAGGGGAAAUGCACAUCUUGCAGAGACAGUGUUAGGGCAGAGGGCUGUGGCUUGCCUCUGUGGGUAAGUUAUUAGUGUAGUCUUCAUAUCCCUCGACAAUCAAGUGGCCAAAAGAAUGUGCUGUACUGAGGCUGCCUGUGGGGAACAAGAUGCAUGAUCUGUCCUGGCACUAACAGGUGCCUGUCUCAACACUGCAACACAAACUAGAGAGAACUGUGUGAAAACAUUAUAGAUUAACUCCAGUGCAGUCCCACUUACCCUCUCAGGAUGUCCACCCUUUAGGAUGGACAUCCAGAGAGCUCCAUUUAACAACACCAUGUACCUGUUCUAAAAAAUCAUCUCCCAGGGACAAGUGGAAUUGUAAAACUCAAACACAAUCAUUUUAAAACUGAAGACAAAGGUAAAGCCCCUAAGCUGGUUCCUUGUCUCUUUAAAGCACUCCAAUAUAAUGAGGGGAACCAAAUACAAAACGGGAGCCAGCCCCAGCCUCUUGACAUUAGUAAGCCCCAUCAUAUCAGAGAGCAAAUUCACUGUGGAGACAGCACGGAGCAGCAGACACAAUGUCAUCUUGGUUGUGAAAAGCAAGCUACUCUCUCCCUUCUCAGGGAACAAACAGACACAUACUCAUUACUGCCUUUUGAUCAUAUUUAACAACCAUAUGUUUUACUGAGUUAAGCAGGCAAGCUAGACAGGUUUUUCCUUGGACAUGAAGUGUCCAGGCUGUUUUGCUCAGGCUCCUCAGAGAUAUUUCUGUGUCUAACUGCACACAGCAGCUGGCUCAUUUUAGACAAUUCCUUUUUGAAUUGUCUCCUUAUGUGACUGCUAAACUGGGUGUCUUCCAUCAGCUCAGAGUGGCUCCCUUCCUCUUCAAUUUUCACCUGUGGAUGAGAACACCAGUGGGCAUUCCCCUCAGGCCAGAGAAGAGGAAAGGACAGAGAGAAAAACCCAAGACCUUAUCCCCAAAAACAUUCAUGGUGUACCUUCAGGCCUCAGGUCACCAGUGAUGGAAUUCCACUCUUCUUAUCUUUCUAAAUGUCUCUUUUCUCAAGUGAUAUCAGAGUUGCUCUUGUGGCUUUAUUUGCUGUCCUUGUGCCAGCAUUAUCUCUUUCCUCUCAGAUUGAGAAGGUGACAUGACUGAUCACCACCAAGAACAGGGACAGCUGCUCCCUCUCAUUCCCUUUGGUGCCCAUGUCUCCUGAGAGACUGGGGCACCAUCGCAGUGUACGGGUGUCGUCAUGGAGUCUGGAGAGAUCUGAGGGCAAAGGUGCUCACCCACUGCAUCCUCCAAGUGAGGGAUAGACACUUCCAUGGCCUGCAGCGUUUGGAUGUUGCUCUCCACUCCUGUAGACCAAGGACAGCUUAUGUCCUCACUGCUUUGGCAAGAGCUCGGAGUGUCCUGCUCCACCCACUUCUUCAGGGGCAAGAGGUUGAAAAAAGAUUUGUCCAGGAAGAGGCAAUGCAAGUGAGGUUAGUUAGAGACUCCAUCCAAGGAUUACACCAGAGAAGAUUCUCUUUCUGCUUGUUGUUGUUUGUUGCUUGUUGAGACAUGUUGCUCUCACUGCCUUUAUCGCCAAGACUUGUUUAACUUCCACUCUUCUACACAGCACAAUUACAUGGCUUGAAGAAAACAACUUUUGCUGCUGGGUUCAUACUGAAAGCUACUCCGUUGGCCUUGUGACAUUCAGCUGCUCCUGUGAGACAGCUGAAUGGGGGACAAAAUGCCUUCUAGCAGAAAACAUUUCACUUGUGCAAAAAGCUCCACAGGCUUCUUACCCCUGUGCAAACCAGGCUGCAAGACACAUGGGGAGCAGACACCCUAUCAGAAAGCUGCCUAACCAGCUUCCCUUCUAACUGAUAUCCUUAACAUACCCUUAUAGAUCUUCAUUGCAUAGAACUUGUUGAAGUCUCUCUAUUCUUCUUAUUUACAUAUUUAUAUACAGUACAAUGUUUUGCUUUUUAAUUUGAAAUCUUUUCUGUGACUACAUAGGAUCAUCUAUCACUUAGCAAUCACAAGAGCUCUGUAAGAAGAACUGUUUUUAUUGUACAGGGAGCCAGCAGAGAUAAAGAGAUGCUAAGUGAAUUAAUUGUGAGUUUUUGUCAGAUUCAGGAUGAGCAUCAAGAAAUAAUGACUCCCAGGCCUGUGCUUUCAACCCUUUAAACAGUUGGCUCAGAGUCAGUGAUUUUUAAAGUGGUCAUUUGAUCAGUGCUUGGAAGAAGUAAAUGCAGGUUACUUCCUCUAAGUGUUAUUUGCAGAAUUACUGGUACAUCACUUGGAUGCAGUACUAUUCCUCCCUUACGACCACAUGGCAUUAUAAUAUCCAUGCUUUUAGGAACUGAAUACUGAAAGAUUCAGUGGCAUCACCGAACAGUUUAUACCUUGUAAUACCUGGUGUGGUUUAGGUAUGGUGAUGAUGAAUACUGCUGCAAAGCUCAAAAUUAAGGGAGUUCAACUUUUGCCCCAGAAAUGAAGCCAAACUUUUUUGAAGAUCAGAACUGAGUUUUUUUCUGGUGUCAUUUUCUUCUCAAAGCUCUCUGGAAGUCCAGGAAUGGACUAGCUGACAUGCUCUAAACCAUCUUAUUUUUAAUAAUAUUUAUAUCCCAGACAGAAAUGAAUUUUCAAUCAGACAAAGUUUUGAGUUUGUGAUAGGAUAGAAUUUUGCAUGCUAUAAAUCAUUACAACUCCACUGAAAUCUUCAGUGAUAUGUCAUUAAAUCCUUUUCCUAAGCAUAUGGCUCUCACCAUCCUAAUUUGUUUCCGGCACAAGCAUAAGGGAACAUUGUUAAUUCUCUGAAGAACAACAGACCACAAAUGGGAUGAUACACUAGGAGACUCCUGCAAAAGAACAUUUAUUCAAUCAAAUGCCAAAAAAUGUUCAUCAUACAAAGGAGCCAGAGAAACCUCCUUUUCCUGCCUAAAAAUAAACUGAGAUGUCUAUCUCUUUUUACACAUUUUUGUAUCUAGGUUAUAUUUAAAGGCACACACAAAUACAUAUGUGCCUCUGAAUCUGAUGGAUGUUCCAAUCAUUCUAAUUGCACUCAAGCUGAAUUUCAAAUGCUAUAUAUGAUGUCAUAUUGUAUUUUUUUCCAGUGAUCACCUGAAUCUCUGGUCCUCUAGAAACUCUGAAGUGGCUUUCAUGUAAUAUUUGUGUUCUCUUUGAGUUAUAUUGGCCAUAAAGCAUCUAUUUAAAACCAAGGAUGUGACACAGGACACAGCUUCACCCUUGUAAAAUCCACAGUGGCAUGUCAAUUACAUUCACUGAACUCCUAUAGAGCUCUGAUAAAAUAAAAGAUUUUUACAUGCCUUUUGUACUAGGGAUAUGACGACACCGCACUGAAAUACUCUGUUUUCUGCAGCCAGAUGUGUCAAUCCAUUUGUGUUUGAGGUAGAACUCUAAAUCCCUGGUUUCAAUCUGCUGCUCAGUGAUAUGCUGUUGGAAUUACACUGUAAUGAAAUUAGGAUAUUGGUGCAUAUGUAAUGAAAGGAAAGGAUGCAGGGCAUUGCUCAUCUAAAUAUUUUCUCUGUCACUAAUCUCCAGAAAAUAAUGCUUCUGCCACUCCUAGCUCUUCUCUUGGCUGAAACAGCACAAGGAGUUUUAAAGCCACUUCUGCUGAUAAACCUACCUCUCCCUCCUUCAGUAACUUCCCUCUUCCUCUUCCAAUCCAAGAUAUGCUCCUGCCCUUGCUAUCACUAUCUACCAACACUGGUAGAGGGAAUUUCUUUAUCUCAGGGUGUGUUCUGCUUUUCUGAUUUGCUUUUCUCCUCUGUCCUCACUGCUGAAGCAGUUAGCAUUUACUGUGCUGCACACAGAGAUCUGCUUCUCGUGGGAGGUAUUUUUAUCCUGCCACCUCAGCACAGGAGAGAUUCACUCAGAUUUAUCCCAGAUACCCCUAAAAUGUCAGCAAUGGUGAAGGUGACAGGAAACAGCAGCAUGUCCAUUUGCAGCAGAAACAGCAGCUUGCAGGGCACAAGAAACAGAAGAAGGAGAGUAGAAGUGUAUCUACCUUGUGAGCUUCUGCCUUCCUGAGGGCCAUGCUAAGUUCAGUGGUCCUGAGGUGGUGGCUUGAAUUUUGUGCAUCCUCCCAGUUAACAUCCAUGUACACAAAAGCAUCUUGACUUUUGGGAUGAUGUGAUACCCUAGCCAUUGGAUACCUGUCCAAGGAUGUGAAUCCUGAGCCAGCAUCAACAGCUACAUAAAACAAAGGUAUUAAGGACCAGUUUUAACAGGUAAAAUAUCAAUAAAGGCUUCCUUUCUUAAGGAAAUGUGAUGUCUUAGCAUGCUCUUAUUGCAUGCAUUGCUCAAUUCUUGUCAUCAGUUUCAUGGGGGCUUCCCCACAGAUUUUUCUGCUACUCUAUUCCACUACAACCCUUGGCCUCCCCUGAGGCACAACAACACAUCAGAUGCCCUUACAUGGUGCUUGUGUGAUCAUCACAUGCUCAUGUGUUCUUCAUCUUCAUGCUGGCCACCUGAGCUUUUAGCCCUGUCCAAACCCACCUGCACAAGGCCACCCUCUUUACUGAGAGAAAACGAAGAAUUCGGGUAGAAUGCAUACCCAACAACCUCCCAAAGCUUAGAAGGAAGCUGGGGCUGGAGAUGUGUGUCUGUGUGGUGGGACUCCUGUGCACCCCUUUUGCAUGAGAACACUGCUGCUCGUGCUCCCAGGACUGGCUGGCUCUAGCUCAUGUUUGGAUUUCUUUCCUGGUGCUGUUUUUUUUGCAUGGUUUCUUUGUACUUAUUGUUUUCCUCUGUGUGAGAGAAGAGGGGAGAAGAUUGAAAAUGUAAUAUUCCUUCAGAUGGAGGAAGUGGACGCAUACCAUCCUGGGUCUUCCAAAAUAUCUGGUCCAACUUGUGAUGACUUUGAGCUGUGCUGGCUUUUUACCAGUGAGGUGCCUUAGGUUUGAUCCAGCUCUCAGCAGAUCUCUGCUCAUGCCCCCAAGUCCUGGUUCUUAGGGUUGUUUUCUGGUUUUCAUACGCGCUGACUCACUGUCAAAGCCAAGGAGGGAAACCUCCAUGGAAAGUGAGCUCCCCUCCUUUUUGGCACAUGGGUCAGCCAAGGACAAUGUGUGUGUCACAGUGACACCAUGGGAAGUUCACAGGGCACAUGUUCACGGGCUGCAUGUGUUUGUGCAGAAGCAGCUGUGCUCCAGCAUGGCCACCUUUAAAAAGAAACAGUUUCUGGGGAUUUUUUUUUUUUUACUCCUUCUGGUUCUGGAGCCAUUCAAAUACUCUGCAUGACCUCGCAGAUAGAGCUCAUUUGUCCUUUUCUCACCCCUGCUGGUUUGAAACAGUAUUUUUAGCUGCAAAAGGCACUGCUGCAGAUAGAUGUGUACCUGAGAACAAUGAGCAUUCUGGGAACUUCUCCUGGUCUCACAGCACCACUGUGGGAAACCUGACCCUAAACAGAUGCUUACAGAAAUAUACUGGGUGCCGCAGCAGCCUGGGUGGGGAGGGGAAAGUGAGAAACCUCUGCCAGGGCCCUGGCUGCUGUCAUGCAAUGGUUGCUGUAGGACGCAUGGUGGGGUUGAGGCUGUAAAUCCUUCACUCUGAGGCUGAAGGAGCAGCUGUGAAGGAUGCCAGGCUACCAGUUAGCUCCCCUCUGUUUUGGGAGGAGACUUUUGGAGGGGGACUGAAGAGGAAACUUUUGGAUAAGGCAUGUAGUGGUACUAUAAGUCAGAAAUUAUCUUAAGCUGAAGGAGGGCAGAGAAAUUAGAUAUUAAGAAAAAAUUCUUUACUAUCAGGGUGGUAAGGCCCUGACACAGGUGGCCCAGAGAAGCUGUGGCUGCCCCAUCCCUGGAAGUGUUCAAAGUCAGGUUGGAUGGGGCUUGGAGCAACCUGGGGUAAGGGAAGGUCCCUGCCCAUGGCAGGCAGUUGGAACCAUUCUAUGAUUCUAUGAUUUUCCUUUCAGAUUUUGUUCCUUUGAGAUCAUGCCACAGUUUGCUUGGUGCCCAGCUGCUCUUCUCAAUUAGUCUAGUUGGAUCUUUAGUGUUGAGAAACAUUACAAAUCCUUCCUCUUUGCUGGUGCCAGCUGCCUGCACAUACCCAUCCUGAAAAUGGGAAUAACAUAAUUCAUCCCCUCCCUUUAGUAGUAGAGGUUGCAAGUCUUUCUGGUCAAGGAAAGUCAAUGCUUUCAAGACACUAAGACUGCCUGUUCAAUAACUUGUGGUUGUGGAGUUUGUGCUUUUCAGACAGAUGGACAUCACAGCAGAUGCUUAUCUACUGCGAGUAGAGCUCUCACGUACCCUCUUUUUGGAAGACUGAAGAUUUAAAAUGUGGCUGCCUUAUGGUCUGGUUAAGUCCCUGCUAAGAUAACAGAGAUACAGAGCCCUCUAAAAAUAUCUUUUUGACUGUAGUGUGGAUACGGACUAUGUGUGAAGCCAGCCUAGAAUUUGAAAGUUCUAACAGGUGCUAAUUAUUCAAAGAUAACUUACUUAUGUUUGUAAACCAGAUGGCUUGACAAAAAUGAGGACGAUGGUCAGAUUGUCCGAGAAUUAGUGCCUGCUGGAGAGUCACCAUUGCUAAAAAAUGUCAGUUAUCACAUCAGUGUGAAGACAGGAGAUAUCCCCGGUGCCAGCUCAGAUUCCAAGGUUUUCAUCAAACUCUACGGUGAAAAAGCAGACUCCAGCAAAGAGUUUCUCUUAGUCUCUGAUAAUGAUCUAGGCAAUUAUUUUGAACGUGGCCGAGUGGAUGAGUUUACUCUAGAUAUGAUGGAUAUUGGAAAGAUCAACCGAAUACUGAUUGGGCAUGAUAAUGUGGGUCUGCGGUCCGGCUGGUUCCUGGCCAGUGUCCAGAUCACAGUUCCAGUCCAGGGAAGGCAGUACAUGUUCCCCUGCAACCGAUGGCUUGACAAGGAUGAGGCUGAUGGCAGGGUGGAGGUGGAGGUCUACCCAAGUGAGAUUUUGCCUAUUGAGAAAUUGAUAAACUAUGAGGUGUCUGUAGUUACUGGAGACGUGCGAGCCGCAGGCACCAACGCCAAAGUCUUCAUGCAGAUUUAUGGUGAGACUGGCAAAACGGAAUUGAUCAUCUUAGAAAACAGAUCCAACAACUUUGAAAGGGGAGCCACAGAUAUCUUCAAGAGAGAGGCUGCAGAUGUUGGCAAGAUUUAUAAGAUUCGGAUAGGCCACGAUGGGACAGGCAUUGGGGAUGGCUGGUUCCUGGAAAGCGUCACACUGAAGCGCCUGGCCACAAAAACAGAGGGGUCUGAUAAAAAGAAGAAGAAGAAAAAGAAGUCUGAAGAGGAGGAGACCAAGGAGGAAGAAGGAAUGGAUGUCUAUACGUUUGUGGCACACCGCUGGCUGGCUAAGGACGAAGGGGAUAAGGAGCUCGUGGUGGAGCUGGUGCCUGACGGAGAAUCUGACUUGGAGGAAAAUACGUAUGAAGUCCAUGUCCUCACUGGGACUGUGUGGGGGGCUGGGACAGAUGCUAAUGUCUUCCUGAGCAUCUAUGGCAUGGAAAGAGGAGACACGGGUGAGCGCCAGCUGAAAAGGUCAAAUAAUCUCAACAAGUUUGAGAAAGGACAGGUAGACGUGUUCACCAUCAAAGCCAUUGACCUGGGUGAGCUGAAGAAGCUGCGGAUCCGCCAUGAUAACUCUGGUGCUAGCCCCAGCUGGUUCCUGGAGAGGGUAGAGAUUAUUGACCUCAAAGAGAGCACCACGUAUUACUUUCCGUGCCAGCGGUGGUUGGCAGUCGAAGAAGAUGACGGUCAGAUUGCCAGGGAGCUGGUCCCAGUGGAUGAAGCAUUUGUAAAGAAAGAUUCAGAAAAUGAUGGCCAGUCUCCUGCAACUUUGGGUCUGGAACAGAAAGCUAAAUCAACAACAUACACUGUGAAAGUGAAAACAGGGGACAAGAAGAAUGCUGGGACAGAUGCCAACGUUUUCAUCAUACUCUAUGGAAGUAAAGACGAUACAGGGAUAGUCAGCCUAAAGGCCUCAAAGAGUAACAAGAACAAAUUUGAGCGUGGGAAGGUAGAUGAGUUUACAGUGGAGUCUGUGGACAUUGGAGACCUGAAAAAAAUCAAGAUAGGCCAUGACAAUAAAGUUGUUCCUUACGAGAUCACAGUGUACACCAGUGAUAUUUUUGGAGCUGGCACAGAUGCAGAUGUCUUCAUUGUUCUCUAUGGAAGUGAUGGGAUUUGCACUCAGCAAAAAUCCCUGUGCCUCAACAAGAGAGAGCAAAGGAUGUAUUUUGAAAGGAAUUCAGUGAAUCAGUUCAUCGUGGAGCUGGAGGACGUUGGUGACAUUAUUGAAAAGAUUCGCAUAGGACAUAAGGGCGGAGGUCUGAACUCAGGGUGGCACUUGGACCGUGUGACAAUUCGGAGGCUGCUGCCAAAUGGGAAGGGCUCAGAAACUGUCACAUUUCCAUGUGAAAGAUGGCUUGCAAAAUCUGAAGACGAUGGCGAGACUGUCAGAGAACUGGUGCCAUCUGAUAUUUUUACUGAAAAGCUCAUGAAGGAUGGGACACUCAAGCAGAUAGAGGAAGAAGUUGAAGACCCUUUAGAAGUUCACACGUACAAGAUCAGCGUGUUCACUGGGGAUAUCUACGGUGCUGGGACAGAUGCUAAUGUCUUCCUAAAUAUCUAUGGAGACCUGGGGGACAUGGGAGAGAGAAAACUCAGCAAGUCAGAAACAAACUUCAACAAGUUUGAAAGGGGACAGGAGGACACGUUCACAAUACAGGCUGUGGACCUUGGCAUUUUAUACAAGAUCAAGAUUCGCCAUGACAAUAGUAUGUUCAGUCCUGACUGGUUUCUGGAAAAAGUUGAGAUCCUGGAUGAAACAACAGAGGAGUCAUUCAUUUUCCUGUGUGAGCGCUGGCUCUCUAAAAAGAAAGAGGACAAAAAGAUAGAGCGGACACUUUAUGAACAGAGCUACGACGGCGAGCGGAACAGCCUGGAUGGCUCCUCUCUCAGUGUGUCCAGCCAGGAGAGCAAUGCCAACCUGAAGGAGCCCAAAAAAUCCAGCUUGGUCAAGGCGGCAGAGGAAGGCUCAUUGAUCCCGUACCACAUCACCAUCACGACAGGCACAGAGUAUGACUCCAGCACCGACAGCCGUGUGUUCAUUAUCAUUAUGGGCCCGCAGAAAGUGCAGACUGAGAGGCUGUGGCUGGAUCUCCCAGAAGGAAAGGAUGAAUUUGCAGAUGGCUCCGUGGAGAAAUUUUCAGUUUGGGGCCUAGAUGUUGGAGAGAUCAAAAAAGUGGAGGUGGGGCACGAUGGCGCUACCCCUGAGAGCUGUUGGCUGAUGGAAGAGCUCACCAUCGUCGUACCCACCAAAGGCGUCAUGUACAACUUUGUCUGCAAGUGCUGGCUGGCCAGAGACAAAGGUGACGGCCUCACUUCACGAAUCCUCAACAUCCUGGAUGCAGAAUGUGUUAACGUUGGCAUCAAGAUCCUCUAUGAAGUCAUGGUUGUGACUGGAGACAUCGAAAGUGGCGGUACCGAUGCCAAUAUUUUCAUGACUGUCUUCGGAUCCAAUGGGAACACUGAGGAGAUGCUGCUGGAAAAAAAUGGAGACAGGUUUGAGCGGGGCCAGGAGGACAGUUUCAUUAUGGAGAUUGCUGACAUCGCACCCCUCAGGAAGAUGAGGAUCCGGACGGACGGGAAGGGGACGCGCCCGCACUGGUUCAUGGAAAGGAUCACCCUGAAGAACCUUACUAACCAAGAAGUGGCCACAUUUACCUAUGGGGAUUGGCUAUCCAAGCUGAAAAAUGCCACGGGAAGCCUGGUGUGUGAGAUGCCAGCUGUCAUAAACGACGAGCAGAUGAUGGAGGACACCACAUACACUCUUCAGGUUAAAACCAGUGACAUUGGAGGAGCAGGCACCGAUGCCAAUGUGUCCUUGAUCCUGUUUGGGGAAUAUGGGGACAGCGGCACCCUGCCUCUGAAGGAGUCCAACAAGUCUAACAAGUUUGAAAGGAACCAGAUGGAUGAAUUCAGCUUCUCUGAAAUGCUGAGCCUGGGAGACCUCUGCAAAGUGCGCAUCUGGCAUGACAACAAAGGAAUUGCCCCAGGCUGGCACCUGGAAUAUAUUGAUGUGAUAGACUCUGCCAUGGACAAGACAUUUCGCUUCCAGUGUGAUCGCUGGCUGGCUAAAGGUGAAGACGAUGGGCAGCUCAUCAGGGAGUUGGCCUGUGCCAAUAAUGACAUCCUGGAACUGAAGGAAAGGACUGCCUAUGAGAUUGUCACAGUAACCAGUGACAGAGACGAUGCAGAUACAAAGGAGAACAUCUGGAUCAUCCUGGAAGGGAAGAUGGGCCGCUCAAAGGAAUUCCUCAUGGAAAACUCUACCAAGAAAAGGAGAUUUGAAAGGGGAGCAACUGACACAUUCCAGUUUUCUUCAAAAAACGUUGGUGAUAUUGCAGCCAUUUGUGUUGGUCACUGCCCAAAAGAUGGGAAGAAGUCAUCUGCAAAAGCUGAUGUCUUCUGGCAUGUCCAGGAGAUUAUCGUGACAGAGAUGGAGCUUUGCAACAAGUACUUCUUCAGGUGCAACGCGAAAAUCCCUCUGCGAUACAAGCGGCGAGACUACAAAGUCUUCGAGUGUGCCAAGGUCACAGAGAGCUUCGCCAGCAAAGCCCGGAGCUUGGUGCCGGUCAAAUAUGAGACCAUUGUGGUCACAGGCUUCGAGAAGGGCGCAGGCACCGAUGCCAACGUGUUCAUCACCAUCUACGGCCUGAACGGGGACUCAGGGAGGCGUGCGCUGAAGCAGAAGUUCAGGAACCUCUUUGAGCGAGGCAAAACCAACAGGUUUUACCUGGAAACACUGGACAUGGGAGAGCUGAAAAAGGUCCGGAUUGAGCACGACAACAGCGGCCUGGCUGCGGGCUGGCUGGUGGAGCGGGUGGAGAUCACCAACUCGGCCACUGGUGUCACCACCGUAUUUCCCUGUGGGAAGUGGCUGGAUGAAAACCGGGGGGAUGGGUUAAUCUGUAGGGACCUUUUUCCUAGGUACUGAGGAGGGCACAGCUGCAGGAGGGUUUUGGUCCCUUCAGUAUGCAUACUUUUUUCCUCAUUAUACUGUUUUAUAUUGCCUUUUACUUUUUAAUACACUAUCUUUUGUAUUGAGAGAUUUUUAGUAGGAAGAUGUUCCUCCUUGUUUAACAUUUUGUAAAAGUAAUGCUGCUUUUUUUUUUAAGUGCACAUAAAACUGUGAAUUAAAUAAAUAAAUUUAUUGCUUUCUUAUGAUUAAAAGCUA